AUGAUUCAUUUUGUGCUUCUUAUCAGUCGACAAGGAAAAGUGAGGCUCACAAAAUGGUAUUCACCAUACUCUCAAAAGGAGAGAUCCAAGGUAAUUAAAGAGUUAUGUGGGGAAAUUAUCUGUAGAGGCCCGAAGCUAUGCAACUUUGUGGAGUGGAAGGGAUUCAAAGUUGUAUAUAAAAGAUAUGCCAGUCUCUACUUCUGCAUCUGCAAUGACCAGGAAGACAAUGAAUUGGAGACCCUGGCCAUUAUUCAUCAUUUUGUUGAGACACUGGAUCGCUAUUUUGGCAGUGUUUGUGAACUGGAUUUAAUCUUCAAUUUUCACAAGGCAUAUUAUAUAUUGGAUGAAAUUCUACUAGCUGGAGCCAUGCAGGAAACUAGCAAGAGAACAACUCUGAGACUGAUAGGUGCACAGGAGGAUUUGGUGGAAGCUGCGAAAGAGGAAUCAAGUUCAUUGAGUAAUAUAAUCGCCCAUGCCACCAAAGACUUGAUCUAUCUUGAAGCUGUUUUUUUCUGGGAAAAGAUGAUGAUGUUCGAAGACAUUGGGUUUUGUGGUGAUUUGGAUUUGUUAAGUUGUCCCCUUGGAGAGGAGGACGUUGCUGUGAGACAAACAGAACAAGAUCCUGUGGUUGACGAUGAUUACAGUGAUGAAGAGAUUGAUAUGGAGGAGCUCGAGAAACGUAUAUGGAGGGACAAAGUGCGCUACAAGCGAAUGAAAGAACAAACCAAGGUCAAGGAAGGGACUGAUGCAGUGAAACAAAGGCAAUCCCAAGAGCAAGCUAGGAGGAAAAAGAUGUCAAGAGCUCAGGAUGGAAUACUGAAGUACAUGCUGAAAAUGAUGGAGGUUUGCAAGGCACAAGGGUUUGUUUAUGGGAUCAUUCCUGAAAAAGGGAAGCCAGUGACUGGAGCAUCGGACAAUCUUCGCGAAUGGUGGAAGGACAAGGUCAGGUUUGAUCGGAAUGGUCCUGCUGCCAUAGCAAAGUAUCAGACUGAUAAUGCAAUUCCAGGAAAGAAUGAUGGUUGUAAUUCGAUUGGUCCAACUCCACACACAUUGCAGGAGUUACAAGACACAACAUUGGGUUCUCUUCUGUCAGCACUUAUGCAGCACUGUGAUCCUCCUCAGAGAAGGUUCCCUCUAGAGAAGGGUGUUCCUCCGCCAUGGUGGCCCACUGGGAAUGAAGAAUGGUGGCCUCAAAUUGGUCUCCCCAAAAAUCAAGGCCCGCCACCUUACAAGAAACCUCAUGACCUCAAGAAAGCAUGGAAGGUUGGUGUUCUUACUGCUGUCAUCAAGCACAUGUCACCUGAUAUAGCCAAGAUUCGAAAGCUUGUAAGACAGUCUAAAUGCCUUCAGGACAAAAUGACAGCGAAGGAGAGUGCAACAUGGCUUGCCAUCAUCAACCAAGAGGAAGCCUUGGCCCGAGAGCUUUAUCCUGACUAUUGUCCACCAUUUUCAUCUGGUGGAGGUAAUGGCUCCAUGGUCAUCAAUGAUUGCAGCGAGUAUGAUGUUGACGGGGCAGAGGAGGAAUCAAACUUUGAUGUAGAGGACCGGAAGCCUGACCAUCUUCAUCCAUCUAAUCUUGGAAUGGAGAGAAUCACAGGAAGACUACCACCACAACAAAUUUCUCAUCCAUUUAAGGGAGAUGUUGUCACAAACCUUGAUUUCAUCCGGAAGAGGAAGAUUCCUGGUGAAUUCAACCUCAUUAUGGAUCAGAAAAUCUACACUUGCGAGCAUCCUCAAUGUCCUUACAAUGAACCUCGCCUUGGUUUCCAUGACAGGUCGGCUAGGGACAAUCAUCAAUUGAAUUGUGCAUACAGAAACAGUGCUGCAGAGUACGGUGGUGGUUCCAAUUUCCAUGCUGCUGAGGUUAAGCCAGUCGUAUUCCCUCAGUCAUUUGUUCAACCCAGCACUACAUCCCAGACUGCAAGUGUGGUUCAACCUUCAUUUGGUGUAACUGGGCUUGGAGUUCCAGAGGAUGGCCAAAAAAUGAUAAAUGACCUCAUGGCAGUCUACGAUACAAAUGUUGCAGGACAUCAUAACUUACGGUCCAACAACUUUGUAACUUCAGAAAAUCGUAACUUUUCUCAGACCAUGUUACAGCAACAACAGGACAGUCAUGACAAUUUUUUCACUGACCAAGGAAUGGUGAUGGAAGGGAACUUCUUUGCGCGGGAGGAAGGUCAAUUUGAGAGGUUCAAGGGCAUGAACAUGAAUGCCCCUUUUGAUACCAACCACGUGAUGUUUAGCCCCCAGUGUGAUUUGUCAUCUUUUGAUUUUAAGGAUAUCCAAGGGGUAGGAAUGGAUACCAUUCACAAACAGCAAGAGGUUUCAAUUUGGUUCCAGUGA